AUGCUCCCCCAUAUCUUCCUCCACCUCUCCAUAUUUGCGUGCCUGGUGGCAGCAGACAAGACCUGCUAUUAUCCCAAGGGAAAUAUUGCGGUCGACGAUGUUCCCUGCUUCUCUGGUGACAAAGACUCACCAUGUUGCUCCAAAGAUUCGAUUUGUCUUAGCAAUGGACUUUGUUAUGGAAAAGCACAACCAUUUGUGCUGAGUCGGGGUAGCUGUACCAAUAAAGACUGGCCAGUAGAGGGCGGAUGUGAUGAUAAGUGUUCUAAGGGCAACAUGCUCGAUAAGGGGUGUGCGCUGCCGUUGUAUCGUAUUGAGGACAAAAAGUCUGAAUAUUGCGCCAACUCCAUCAUAGUCGAUGCGUCAAACAAGCUCGCUUGUUCUGCUGGUUCCCCCUUCACACUUGAUCCUGCAGAGUUUCUUUGGGGCAAGGCUGCGCUCGCCAAUUACACUUCUGGUGAUGCUAGCUCAAACUCCACGUCAACUUCGAACACAACUGCAUGUCCUACAACGUCAAGCAGUGGGAACAAGGAGUGCAAUGAUAACAAGGAUGGGAAAGGUAAUAAUGAUAUCGCGAUUGGAGCCGGAGUGGGGAUCCCCCUAGGAGUCCUGCUUCUCACUGCACUAUGCUGGGCAUUAUUCGAACGGAGAAAACGUCUCUCUGUUCAGGCCACGGUAGCGGGGCUCCAAUCCCAGUCUGCCAUGACACAUCGGGAUUUGCAGGGACAGACAUCGGCUUAUGCUCCUCCUAGUGAGCUCUCGGCCCAGAAACCGCCCCAGGAGCUAGCGACUACCUCCACUUGA